AUGAAGUUCUACCAGAGCGCAGCCGUGCUCUGGAUCAUUAUCCAUCAAGCAAGCGCUACUUUCUGGGGCAUUGGAAAACUUCCCUUCUUCAAAAUUCCUUCUAGGUGUGACAAUGUGUGUACGCCUGGCCAGGAGAAAGGCUACGAUUGGGGUGGCAUCAGUGUUGGCAUCAUCGGCCUUUUCGAUGACUUCAACUUCUCCGGCUUCACUUGCAAGAACCUCCUAGAUUUCAAGAAAUGGACUGGCAAAUUCCAGGAUAAAUGCAUCGAAGGGAUUUUGGACAAGUCCAAAUCACUCUCUCCGAAGAUCAUUUCUAGGCAGAAGAAGGGAUUCUCGAUCGAUACGUUCCACAUCACUGUUGAUAUUGAUAUCGACGUUGCCUUCGAAUAUAACAUGCCCGAUGGAAAGAUCUGCAAAGAAAUCCAUCCUUGCUCUCCUGGAGGUUCCAUCAUCAAGAACACUCAGUGUGGAGGAGCCACCUCUGUUUCCUUCUUUAUCCCCAGCUUUGUUGCCAAGGCGAAAUGCAAGUUCGCCAUCCACAAGAUAAUCUUCAAGUGCGGCCCUCCUCAGUUCACGAGAACUGUAAUCCCCUCCUUGCCAGCCUCGACUAGGACCGUUGAUGCCACCACCACCACCACCAACCAAGGCGACAGCACCACCAUCACCCUCCCAGGCACAACCACAACCGUUGUUCUCCCUGGUGAAAGCACUACUGUUACUCUUCCAGGCGAAAUCACUACCACAACCCUUCCAGGCGAAACCACAGCUACGACCAUUCCCGGCGAAAGCACUACAGUUGUCGUUCCAGGUGAAUCCUCAACUGUUACUGUGCCUGGCGGAAGUACAACGAUUGUUGGUCCAGGAGAUAGCACAACCGUUAUCGUCCCAGGCACCACUACCCCGGCCGUCACUCCCACCGUCUCGCUGUCAACCUCAACUAUAUUCACUACUACUAUCGUCACCAUCACAGACUGCGCUCCCGAAGUUACGGACUGCCCAGCCAGCUCAGGCUCGACUGUCAUUGUCACCUCUACGAUCGCUGUUUCUACCACGCUAUGCCCGGUCACAAUCACCCCGACUCUGCCAUCGGGCCCAACUCCUACCCCAGGUAACUCAGGUGAACCCUCUUCUCAGGUUACUCUCAAUCCAAGCGGUUCCGAAACGAACGUUCCAGGGCAGCCAAGUACCACCGAAGGUUCUUCACCUGGCGAAUCCACGCCAGCUGUUCCAGGGCAACCAAGCAAUACCGGCAGCUCGACACCAGGCGAGUCUACACCAGUCGUUCCAGGACAACCAAGCACUACCGAAGGCUCUUCACCUGGCGAAUCCACGCCAGUUGUUCCAGGAGAACCAAACACCACCGGUGGCUCUUCGCCAGGCGAGUCUACACCUGUCGUUCCAGGACAACCCAGCAAUACGGAUGGUGCCUCGCCCACUGAGUCGAAACCAAAUGGUCCAGGUGUCGAGACCACUUCUCCAGCAGGACCAGUGCCAACCUCCCCAUGCCCUGAGGUUGUCCCCAAGUGCUUGAACACAUGGUUGGAUUUGCUGCCCAACUGCAACUCCAACAGUGACGCCAGCUGCUUCUGUCCAUCCUCUGAGUUUACCUCUGCGAUCGUCAAAUGUAUCGAAGCCUGGGGCGCUUCAGAUGAGGAAGUCCGAACCGCUAUUUCGUUCUUCACUGGUAUCUGUGCUGCCUACAUUCCCAAGAACCCCGGAAUCAUCACACAGAUUCCUACUCGUAUCCCUAUCGGCCCACCACCAACUGCAACAGCCCCAGCUGGCGUUACUGUUACCCAGACGGUUCCAUGCACGACAAUCGUUGUUUCCGAGGUUGUCACUCUACCUGAUGCUCAAGUGUCUACCCUCACCACCCAAAUCACCGUUCCCCAGGUUGCCUUCACCACCAACGGCCCCUCGGCCAACCCAACUGUUGACCUUGUCCCUGGUCCUGCUCCUGCGAUUGCCACUCCCUCCGGCGAUGCUGGUGUAGGUGCCUCGACGCUCCUUACUGUUCCAGCUACCGGUCCUGCUGGCCCCACGCCCACAGGCACUGAACUUUUCACUGGCGCUGCUGCCGCUGUCCCUGUUUCAGGUAGACUCUUAUUCAGUGCUGCAGCUGCAGCUGCUGGUUUUAUUGCCUUUCAGUUGAUGUAA